AUGAUGAAUCGAUUUCGUAAGAACAAGAAGGAGAAGGCCAAGGAGGAAUCCGAGGUCCUCGAGAUCACGCAAUCGUCGUUCACGGCCAAAUUGACGAAGAAGAACAAGAAAGAGGAACCCGAACCGACACCCGAGCUUGACCUUUCGUCAGCGCUGCCGUCGUCCGAUGACUUCCGCACCAGUCUGAUAAUGCCCAAACUGUCGGCGCGGUUCAGUAUGCUCAGAGAACAAGACGACCCGGCAUCGAUAAUCGGCAAAGCCAGCGACGAUAGCGUUCUCUUCCCCCGACGGGCCUCCCGCUUGAACAUCUUUGGACAUAACCCAAAUUUACUGUCAGACAUCGACGAAGUCUCGAUAGAUGGGAGGACACCAUCCAUGGCCCUAGGGCGCACGGAUUCUUACGCUUCGGGCGGCGAUGGCUACGGCACGGACGACGAUCGGUCACAACAAGGCAGCAUCAUGAGCCGCGCUCGUCGAACGGAAGGAAACAACCUCUUCGGUGGACGCCAGAAGGUCUACAAAAUCCCCAACAAGGCGACUUCGUCGGAAGUUAGUCUAGACUCGGGAAGCACCGCCACCGGAGGUCGUGUAGUUUAUGAUCAUGACCUGACGACGUCUGCUUUCCAGCGGCAACGUUCCGGAGAAAGAUUGGAUCAGGCAAACGAGGAGUCUGGGCAAGACCCUCAAGGCCAGGAAUCGGAAGACGCAUACAGUGUUUCUGCCAAGCGAACGACCUUUUCGUCGACGGCAUCGGGUCCUACUGCCAAUGGCCGCACGUCGACAGCUGCUACUUCGUUCGACGAACCUGCAUUUAGCGGGCCUCUUCACCAGACGUUGUCUGGUAAUACCGGCGAUGAGAAGACCAUCGUCUCCAAACCACCAUAUUCCGGGAUGGCCUCCGAGCGGAACUCGGUCAAGUCGCGUCGUCUCUAUGGCCAAGGUCUGGCACAAUCUGCCCAAAACCAGCAGAACUCGACUCUCCACCGACUGGAAAGCUUGAGCCGCCAGCGAGCCGGCACCCCGGAGAUGCCUCCUCUCAACCGUUCUUAUUCAAGAAGUGCCACCAACCUGCGCGAGAGGCUACAGAAGCUCGCAGUCGCGGAUCCGACAGGUGGCUUCCCCCAGCCAACCAGCCCGCUAUCAUCGACGGCUUCUCCGAUUUAUCAGGUCGCCGAGGUGGAACCAAAAGAACGCAAGUCGGGGGGAUCUGGAUACAGCGUCCCUCCGCUGAGCCCUCCGGCUAGUGAAGAGGGGGCACUGAUGUCUGCCCUACAACCUGAAGAUCAUGGCAAAGCCACGGCCAUGGGCUAUUUCAACAAGCCGAGAACCCCCUUUGACGAAAGCCAGUUCACUCGACGCCAGCUUCAGAUGCACCAAGGGAGAGACACGCCGCCCCCUGGGCGAGCGACUCCGCAAGAGCCGAUUGGACGGUCAAGAGGCCCUUCCAGCGCGAGUCAACGUUCCAGAGCCGGAUCUGCUUCCUCCCAUUAUAGCGAAGCCCGGCAUCCGGUGGGCCGAUCCGCCGCAACGAGUGUCAAUGCCUCGCCGCCUCGCCAGGAAAACACCACCUUUUUGUCGAACUCUAGUCCAAGCGAUUCGGACAACGAAGGCGACGCCAUCGUGCAGGAAAUGGCAGAUUACAACGACCUAGUACAUCCUGCUUUCCGAUCCGAAACACCAACCCAACCCUCGACUCCUCCCGAGGAGCAGAAGAACCCUCUUCCGGAAGUGAGGUAUUCGGACUUAGGCGACCUGAAGCCGAUAGCAGAGAAUGACGGCGUCGAAGGAACCCCUGACCACGGAGAUACGAUUCCCGAAAAACCCGAUUCGCCAACCCUUGGCCCGUCUGGCCUGGGCCUCAGUGGUCUUGUGCGUACUCACCUUCGACGUGACAGUGAUAAGUCAUCCAUUUACCGGCCGCCUUCCCCCGUGUCUGCCCCCAAGAUCGCAGGCGGCGACAACCUGCCUGACCCUUCCAUUAAACGAUUUGACCUGGGAGAGUCCGCGCUUCCGUCCGCCACGCCGAGUUCCUCCAUUGAGCCCAAGGCCAACCCGCAUGCUUCGUGGGAAAAAGAGUUGAUGCGCGGACAUCGACGUGGAGCCAGCACCGAGACCCAAAGAGAGCGGGAAGAGUUUGCCAACGAACUGGCAGAGCGGCGGAGGAAGGUGCAGGAGAAGCUCAAGGGCUUCGCUGAAAGUGAGAGCCGAUCGGCCAGUCCGGUCUCUGGUCGCCAGACUCCGGAUCAUGGCCAGGGAAGACCGGGCAACGCGUUUGCUCUCCUGAAGAACAAGACGGGUAAACACAAUCUUUUCGGUAGACCAGAUCCCCGGAAUCCCAAGGUACUCGGCCUUGGAAAUGCCUCCACUCCGGCCCUGGUCUCGGAUGAGCUCUGGCGCGAAGAGGAGGAACGGCCGUCGUUCAACCUUGGCAAACACUCCAAUUCUAGCUCGCCACAGAUUGCUCCCGAUAAGUCAGUGCGGUCUCGUGUGGCGGCUUUGGGCCGAAGCAGCCAGGAGGACUCUCGCGAGUCGAGCCGCAGCCGUGCCGCUUCUCCCCAUUCGAGCUUUCGAUCGCAAAGGGACCGCUCGAGCUCCGACGCCUCUGGUCGCUCCAAGAGCCACACCCGGCGCGACCGGGAUGAUCUGGGAACCGUGGAGGAGAUCGCUGCUCCUGGACCUCCAGGACCACCUGCGUUCCACGAUUUCGAGCAGCGCAGCAUGGCCUCAGUCCCGUCAUCCACCCGGCCAUCCGUGGAGGUCAACGAGCCGCCUAUGUAUGAGCGCGCGCCAUCCGCUGCCUCUGGCCGAUUCCGCAGCGGCAGCCGGUCCGCGACCCCAAGUUUCCCCGAACGACCCCCUCCACCCCCAUCUGUCCCUGCCUCGAUGAUCGGAGCCUCUCCACGCCCUUCCCCUAUCGCUCCCUACUCCGCCAAUGCCACCCCACCUCUGCAGGACUCCUCUCCUGACCCUUCUAUCAAACCGGCUGCCACCUUCCCGGCUGCUCUCCCCCAGCGGGCCCCGGGACACGGCCACCUGACGAAGCGUCCUAUCAACAAGAUGCAGAUUUCGGAACCCACCUUCGUAUCUUGCACGUCCAACGUUCCCACUGUCGGUCUUCCCGCCGGAGCCAGCCUCAGCAACGGCAUGGAAACUCCGCCGAUCCCCCCCAUGAACCCGCGGCGCCGCCGCCAGACUACCACACAGACCAUCUUGGGGGCCAUCAAGGGCGAGAAGCACGAAUCGCACUAUGUACCCUCAACGGUGAGCAUUCCUGGGGAUGAGCAUAGCACCUUCUCCGACGAGGGCGAGCGACGGCCUAAAUCCAGGCACAACAGGCUUCGCAAAACCUCCAGUGAGGGAGGAAAUUUGAAUGCGAGGGCGCGUCAGCAACAGGCCCUCUCCGAGACGCCACCAGCUGUUCCAGCAUACCCACCACCUCCCGUUCCGAUGGAAGGCGGCAUGUUCUGA